GCCGCCGCCUCCCCGGCCACCCAUCGCCGCCUUCGCGCCGCCGCCCUCGCGGGGAAGCUGCAGGGAAAAAGCGCCCGGCGCCUGCCCGCCCCCUUUCCAGCCCUCUGCUCCCGGGGCCGGCCCAGGGCCAGCCCCGGGCCAAGUCCGGCCCUAGCCGAAAGUUGUGGCGGAGGGCGGCGGGCUCGGCUCGGCCGCUUCCUCGCCUGGUCUUCGGGCCGGGGGGCCGGGGUGCGGGGCUGGGGGGCCAGAGCAAAGUGGCAACUUCUCUCGGGGAAGCCUCCAGCCCCGCCCACGCCCGGGUCCGAAAUCGCCCGGAGGGCGGAUUUAUUUUAUCCGUUUAAAUUAUUCUUAUAAUUAUCAAUCCGGCUGAUUCGAGAGACGGACCUUGGUCCUCCUGGCGGCGGCUGCUGUGGCCGGGUGACAAGAGCCGCCGCCGCCUCCUCCUCUUCCACCUCCUCCUCCUCCUCCUUCUCCUCCUCCUCUCCCUCCUCCCUGUUCCUCCCUCUCUCUGUCUCUCCUUCUCUCUCCCCUGCCACAUUCCCUUCCUCCUUCCUUCUCCCGAGCACCAUGGAGUUCUCUGAGAGGAAAAGAAGCAGGAAAUCCCAAAGCUUCAAACUGGUGAACCGAGAUUAUCACCAUGAGAUAUAUAAGGUUUCUGACUUCAGCAAUGAUGUUAAUGGAGAGGCCAAAGAGACACAACCCAUUUUUUUAGGAGAUGAAAGCAUGGAAAUUAAAAAACAAAUUACAGGGAUGAGAAGAUUACUGAAUGACAGUACUGGAAGAAUCUAUCAGCGUGUUGGCAAAGAAGGAGAAAAACUAAAGGAAGAACCCCAAGAUUUAGACUUAGUCUGGGCUCAACGUUUGAAUUCUUCCACUGAGGUCUCACAGAGCCUCCAUCCUUCCCCCGGUGGUACAUGGAAUGAAUUACCAUCCCAAAUUGGCCAAUUCCCAGGCCAAUAUGGAACCCGAUCUAAAACUUUCCAGAGUCAGUCCAAAACUACUGGAGGAGCCAAUGGAGAACUCCCAGUGGUGAAUUCAUCAAUUGGAUCAAACUGCUGUACUUGUAACUGCCAGUCAACCUUGCAGGCCAUUCUUCAAGAACUCAAGACCAUGAGAAAAUUAAUGCAGAUUCAAGCAGUUGGGACUCAAAACAGACAACAGUCCUCAAUUUCCCAUCUAUGCUCCCAGAGAACAGCUGUUUCCCGAAAAAGAAAUAAAAAGAAAAAAGUGCUCCCAAAGAUCACUGAACUUCUUCCUAUAAAUAAGAAGCCCAGUGUAAUAGAGAAUGAAAAGACAGCAGUUACCUCUGAACAAUCUGUUCUCCAAAAAGCUGACCACAUCCCAGCUGAGGAAAAUCAUGUUUUAGGAUUUGGCAUUGUUCUUGAAUCACCAUCUUCAGAUCCAGAAGUACAACUUGCUGAAGGCUUUGAUGUGUUUAUGCCCAAAUCUCAGCUGGACUCUAUAUUGUCAAACUACACUCGCUCAGGAAGUCUUCUCUUUAGAAAAUUGGUGUGUGCAUUUUUUGAUGACAAGACUUUGGCAAACUCCUUGCCCAAUGGAAAGAGGAAAAGAGGACUCAAUGACAACCGGAAAGGACUAGACCAAAAUAUUGUGGGUGCAAUAAAAGUCUUCACAGAAAAAUACUGCACUGCUAACCAUGUGGAUAAACUUCCUGGCCCAAGAGACUGGGUACAGAUACUACAGGAUCAAAUUAAAUUGGCCAGAAGAAGGUUAAAAAGAGGCUCAGCAGAGGUGGCUGACUGUGAUGAAAAACUGGACAGCAUUUCUGUACCACCAACAGGUAAUAUUUUUGAAACCAGAACAGAGAAGAUGGAAGACAUAGAACCAGAUUUCACUGCCUAGACUUUUCAUUUCUGUGGCGUUCAUUAGCAAAUGUUACUCUUUGUUUGGAGAUUUCUCUAAGAUCUGUGUAGGCAUUUCAGGUUACUGCACUAUGUGGAUGUUCUAUAAAGUUUUACCUUCAAGAUUGUUUUCACAUAUUUCCUCUGUAACAUGGACAAUCAAGUCAUCAAAUUGUUUCAAGAUCCUUCAUCUUUAGAAUUGAUUGGUUAUUCUUUGAAAGUCCCAUAUAUUAUCCAAUUAGUUUGGUAUCCAUUGUAACAAGAACAGUUCUCUCUCUGCCUCUCUUACUUUUCCCUUCAUCUCCUCAUGUGAUUGUGCACAGUGUAAUGCUGCAUAUUUAUUUUAACUUAAGUUAUAUAGAUGUAGAAUACAGAUAAAGAAGACUAGCAAUUCUCCUACACUGAGAGCACCCUGCUUCUGAAAGCCAAAAUAAACUUGAUCUCCAUUGGCUUAGAAGAUAAAGAUUUCUUUUGGGGGAUAGACUAGUUCUUAUCUGUUAGAACAAGCUAGCUCUGUUAUCAGUGGAACUAACGUGAGACUUUAGAGCAGAUUAAGUGCUAAUGAUAUAUCUCUGUUCUUCGGGAAAGAAAUAUUUUGAGCAAUAGCAAGUAUUUGUGAGAUUUAGGCUCCCUAUAUAAUGGAAAGGUAACUGAUGGGAAAUUGAAAAUUUUAGCCAAUCUUUAUAAUUAGCCUUCCAAAAACCCAGCACACAACAAUUUCAUGGACUUUUUUAAAAACUAAGUUGCACAUGUCAGUUACUUGAGUGGGCUUCACCUUAGCCACAAAGGCACUUAGUGAAAUAUUCUGUUUUAUUUGAUUUUUAAUAUUGAUAAGCAUCCAGCUUAAGCAAAUCCAAAGUAUUAAAAUCUGCAUUUAUAGAAAAAUAUAAAUUGGCAGAUGGUUAUUCUCUUUACAAAAAUGCUUAUCACAGGAUUCCUUGAGAUAAGUUAAUACACUUAAAAUAGAUUGGACUCACAGUGAGUUUAUUUACUUAUACAUAAUUUUUCAGAAACAUAUCUAUUACAUUAAAGCAAAAUAAAAUUGGAAAUAAAUGUCACUUCUGACACUUUCAUGAAGCAAUCAGAAGGGCUUAAAAAUUAAUCUUAGUUGUUAAGAUGUGGACCCUCCACUUCAUCAAUAAAUAGCUAUGUGGACAGUCUAACAUCUUUUACUAGCGUUUGUUUCAUAGAAUCACAGAAUGUUCAAUAAGCAUUUAUUAAGCACUUACUGUGUGAAUAGGAAUUGUGCUAGGAAUGCAAAAUCAAAAAGGAGAUAACCUUUGAUUUCAAGGAAUUUACCAAUGGUAAGCUAGUAAGAACCACAGACACCAUCCAGGCAUGAGCCCUUUUUUUGUUAUUGAACUGAAGUCAGAGAGGCUAAGUGAUUUAUAUAGCAAGUCAUGUAACUAAUUAGUGGCAGAGCCCACCUAGAACCCAGGUCUCCUGAUUCCUGUUCCAUUGUGCUUUCUACCAGGCCACACUGCAAAAUUAAAGUGAGAUAAGAGGAGAACUCAUAGAUAAACUACUAUUCCAUUUUGAUCAUCAGCCAGUGAACUAAUGUGAGUACUGAGUGUAACUAUAAAGUAAUGAGACUGGUUUUUCCUGUAUAGCUUAUGGAAUCAAUCUUAGUACUUUACAGUCACACCUUGAAUAUUUGUUGGGGGGGGGGGGUGGACUUGCAUUGGAUGAGAUGAUCCAGAGAAAUUGUUUUCAACAUACUUUUUAAUUUUCCUUUUAAAUUUCAGGCAUAAACUUCUGUUCUUAAAUUGAUUUCUUUUAAAAAAAAAUGUAGUCAAUUGGAAAGCUAGAAACAAGGGUCUUUGUUUUUCUGAGACACAUAUUUUGAAAAAUUUGUCUUCUGCCUCCCUGAAGGAAAUAGUUCUCAAUGAAAUCUAAAAGAUUAAUUGGUGACAUUUCAACUCCAUUAAAAUAAAAUUAAUAUGUUGCUAGAGAAGGUGAAAACUGUUGCUUUCGAACCAUGGAAUGUGUUAAAUAUGUACCAUGAACCUUCCAAACUAUUUCUUUCUGAGGCUGGAAUAAUCACUUGUACUAUGACUUGGAAUUUUCAGCCCUUCAGGAGGGGUAGGGGUUGUUGUAGCCCCAAAAUAAUUGCAAUGAAUCUACAAAUUGGAGUUACGUAUUGCAAAAUUGCAACAGUGAAAUGUUUUGUAAAUUUACAUUGUUUUUGUGUUUACCUGCUGUGACUACUGUUCAGACUUUAUUCAGAAAUCUUUUAUAGGCUUUAUUAGCAAAGAAAAAAUCAUUCCAUAUCUAUGGAUAAUGUCUCAAUCUUAUGUACAUAUGUUUUAUUAAUAUGUAAAUAUUUAGAUAUUUUUAAAUUACAAUGUUCUUUAAAACAAAUUCUACAAAGGACUAGUUGUGAAAAUGGUGUAUAACAUUGUGUUGUGAUAUCAAUUCUUGAGAAGCUCCUUAUGUCCGUUCUGAAGAAAACAAUAAAUUACUUUAUUUGAACAUGCAUAUUUCUUGCUUAUGUACCAGAUUUUUGUAUGUGUGAAAAAGAGUUAAAGCUGCCUGUUAAUUAAAAGGUAUCUAUUAGUACUCCUGUAAUUUUGUGCAAGAAGUUAUGUCUCCUUGUGGAGCUGAUAGAAACUAUGUAGAUCACCUCCAAAAUAUGAUUCUUCAAAUGUCAGAAAAUAACAGACUCUGCUUCCCUAUUGGAUCAAUGACUAUAUCAAGUCCCACAAUAACACUUGAGCAUUAAGUGCUGAUAUGCUUGAAGCUUAAUUUUAAAUGAAUUAGGUGGCUUUAUAAUCCUCACUUAAAAGGUCUUAAGCUCUGCUUCUAUGGAAACAACACAUCAUAAGGCCAGACCAAUCUUGGGUAAUGCAAAGUAGUUAAAGCAUACUGUGUGCCCCUCUUUGGACAUAGGAGGGCGUCACCCUGCGACUGCCCAGAAGAAGGGCAAUCACCUCUGUACCUUGAUUUGAAGGACCCCCUUGCUAGAAUAAGUUGAAGCUAAAAGGGAGCUUUCCCUCCUCCCUCACUGAUAAAAAGGGAGCAAGGCCAAAUGAUGGCUCAGAAAAAGAUGAGUCAGCACCCAGGGGCUGGCCAGCUACCAGCCACCAUUUUCCUACUAGCCCCACAGGCUGCCUCUCUCUUCUUUUCCUCUUCAGGGCUGCUGUCUUCAUGUGAACUUCAGGUGGGUAUGGGGGAAGAAGAGAAAGGGUGGACACUGGUGUGCAUUGAAGCUAACAGAGCCUGAGAAGCGGCCCUGCCCGAUGUGCAUCUGGGGUACUCUGUCUCUAACACUACCCCUCAUGGAAUGGACUCAGUGAUGAGGGAGAAAUCUAUAUUCACCUGAAGCAAAGGAACAGAGAGAUAAUUGUCUCGGUAGCUUUUCCAAAAGACAAAACCAUAACUAAAGAAAGAAAUAUUAAGUGAAAUUGUAGGGUGCACCAAGAAGGUUGCAUGUCUUGGACCUUUUUUGAUCACAAAGGGAAACAUGGGGCAUGUGUUGCUAAAAUUUAUUUCAUCCAGUUAAAUCCUGCUCAGCCUUUGAAAAUAUCUCAAAUUAAAGAUGCCUUCAUGAUUAGUAGAUUAGAGCAGACUGCUGAAGGGAACCAGCAACAGAUUCAGCAGUUUGUUAAAAUGUUGGAUCGCUUUGUCAUCUUUCACAUUGUACUCCUAGUAAUACACCAAGGAGCUUAUGCAGUCAGUUAUCUCCUUUGUAGCUAAUAAGAAACACAGAUUGCCACCAAAACAAGAUUCUUUAAAUGUCAGAAACUGUUGGACAAAUUGUUACAUUGCCAGGCUACCAUACUGAGAUUUUUUUUCUGCCAAAUAAUGGAUGAUAAAAUUCCUGCUAUGUGUAGCACUUUCAGGUAGUACUCGCCAAAUCCCUUUAAUUACAAUCUCAGUCAGUUAAAAAAAAAAUUGAACGAACCCUCUGUAUACAGUAUGUCCCCAAAGUCUUAAUGCAGUUAAAAUUCACAUCCUGUGCAUUUAAGAAUUACAUAAUAGCAGUCCUGUUACUAGCAUAUUGUAUACAUUCUAUAACCCUUGCAAAGUAUAAAAAUUAGAUUAAAAAAGAAAUAUAUGUAUAUAUAAUAUUUUAAGUGACAGUGAUAUCUUUGAACAUGCUUCAUUAUUUCAAAAAAAUUCCUAUGUAUGUCUUGGGGGAUAAGAAUAAUUUGUAAAUAACAAUUAUUAGUAAUUGUUCGUUCAAUUUAAUCAGUAUGAAACAUGAAAUCAAUAUGAAACAAGUGGAUUUCCUUUUUAAUCUACUAUUUUUAAAUCAAAAGUUACAUGAUAUACUGAUUAAAAAUAGGUUAUAAUAGCCAAUAAACAUGACUUCAUGCUUCUGUAUACACAUUCACUAUAUUCAAAACAAAAACAAGAAAAUUGACUUUAAGCAAUCAGUUUACCCAGAAUCCUUCUCUCUUCUUUUUUUAAACUGGUGCUAUAUAAUAAAUUGUAACAUAUCCACUAUUUGGGAGGUUUUUUUCACAUGAAUAUGUGGAAUAGUAAGGGGACCAGUUUGACUGAAAUGUAAAGUACUAGAAGGUGACUGGUAUAUGUAUGAAAAAUAGAAUGGACAGACUGUGAAGGCCUUUAAAUGUCAAAUAGAGAACUUAAGUUGGCUCUAGAAUCAAUAGGAAAGCAUUGGCAUUUAAUGAGUAGGGGGACAAUGUGGUCAUUCUUGUACUUAAGGAAAAUCACUUUGGCAGUUGCUUGGAAGAGUAUAUUGUUAUAGAGGUCUGAGACUUAAAUCAGGUCAAUCAAUUAGGAGACUAAUGUAAUAGUUUGUGUAAGGAAAUGAUGAAGAUCUGGUAGUUGGAUGUUUGGAGGAGAGAAGGGGACAGAUUUGAGAGUAAAGAGAUGACGUCAGUGGCAAAGUUCAAAACCUGGUAGGAUGGAUUUGGGAAGAUAGUAAAAUAAUGACCUCUGGAAUGCAGAUUGAAAGUCAUCCAUAGGUGCUCAUAUUCUGCUACUUGGUCUCACCUAAAGUAAAAGAUGGGGAAUUGGAAGGGAGGAGUGGUGGCAGAGACCAUACUAGUUAUUAUCCCUGAGUCCCAAUCCCUGUGCUGCUUUUCUCUCCACUAGAACAAAAGGAGUUUUUCCUGACUGUCCCACACAAGAACCUUGGCGAAUAAUAGUGGAGGUGAUGAUAUCAAUGGUCAGUAAAGGGGAGGAAGCAGUAAGAAAAAUGACUUUUUCAAGAGAAGCAGCCAUGGUGGGAGGUCUAAUAAUAUAGUAACAUUCUAUUCCUUAGCUUCACCUGCUUAACUCCCUGUAUAAGCCCACUUCUGUUCCUAACAGCAAACCAUGAGAAACUUACAUUGGCAGAUCAGCCAAGAAGAUGACAAUACAAGGUGAGUGGAUGGUCACAUUGUGAUUCACAGUAAUGCUGUAGAAUUAUGCUUCAAAACUUACGGGAAAUGUAUGUGAACUUGUUCAUGUGGAUAGUCCCUGCAUCUGUACAGAUCACAAACCAUUCGCGUUUUUGUCCCCAAAGUUCUCUCAUAUUUAAUCCAUAGAGCAUCUGCCAGACAUGCUUAUUGCACUGCUUUAUAGAUCAGGGCUCUUCAAACUAUGGCCACAGGCCAGAUGCAGCAGCUGAGGACGUUUAUCCCCCU